AUGUUCGUUGCAAAAAGUCAUACAUUAUUAUUCACUGUAAACUUUAUAACAUCGAUUAUUUGCAUAUUAAUAAUAUCUGGAUCUGGAUUGUUUAUCUGGUCAGAAGAAGCCAAUUUUAUGAUAUUACGUAGAACAAUAAAAUUAUUUGUAAAACAUGUUGUUCCACCAAGUUCAAAUUAUGGUAGUGGUGUUGGAAAGUUGAUUAUGACAAUUACACAAAAUUUAUGUAUUGCAGUAUUUGCAUUCAGUUUAGGUAAUUUAUUAGUUUGUAUUAUUGGAUUCAUUGCUGUAUGGUAUCAAAAAUCUUCUUUAUUAAGGAUGUAUCAAAUCAUGCUAGGAUUCCUUCUUCUUGGACAUUUAAUGCUAAUCGUUGGAUACUAUUUCAGUAAACAAACUAUUGAAGAUCAUUUGAAAGAUUUUCUGAGCGGUUUAAUGACAGAAUAUGUAUCACUGAGAAGUGGAACUCCGGCAAGCUUAUUUACUGCCAGUGUAAUGGUUAUGUUAAAUUGUUGUGGAGCUACAUAUCGACAGUUUGAUUGGAGAUAUGCAAACUUUGAUGCAGUUGAUACUUACAAUAACAUAAUUUAUCAUGGUAUAAAUCAACCUAUACCAUGUUGUAAAAUGAAUGAUCAGUUAGAAAUAAUCAACAUUACAUGUCCAUUUGAAUAUACAAAAUACAAUAGUAAUAUUGAAAUUGGUUGUGAUAAACCAUUUGCAGAAGAAAUAACAUUAUAUUUAAAUACAAUAGUACUUGGAAGUAUUUCAGUUUUACUGAUGAAUGUAAUCAUGUUAUGUAUUGGAGUGAAAGCAAUUAAAGAUUUCAAUCCUAUUAACUUAUAA